UGGACCAAAUAAUUUGUAGGGAGAAGAGAAAAACUAGGAAGAAAUCAAAUAAACUCAACGAAGUCUCUCAUGUGCUCCUAUAACUUCUCUUUGCCAAGUGAAUUCUCUCUUUCCUUUUGCCUCUCUAACAUGUGGCUUAUGCACAUACACUCCAACUCUACAAAGUAUAAAUCAAAAUUCACCUUGAAUUCUGAGUUCCAACUUGUCAUCUUUGCCUUUCUUUUCUUUCACUUGUGAUAGUUCCAGGAACAACAAGAAACGGGAAACAAAAAGAAGAUGCAUCAUAGAGCAACCAAGAGCAAUCUUGUUGAUUCAGAUCUUGAAACAAAUCAACAUGGUUUCAAAGACAAUAAUGGUCUCCCUCUAUGCCCCAAGCCUCGUCGUCUCGAGCCUGCCAUCCCAAGUUUCCUUGCCCCUCUCAUAUGCGCCCAUCACAUUCACAGCCAAUCAAGUGGCGAUUCAAGAAGUGAGAUUCUCAAUAUCAUCGAAGGAAAGAAUGUUGAAGGGAGAGAUUGCUUGUCCUCCGGUUGCUACCCAUCGUGUUAUUCAGGUUCUCCGCCAGGAAGAACAGAGAAUCCACUGGUUCAUGACAUGUAUUUUCUUCAUCAAAUGGAGAUUCAUUCCCCAUUUUCAAGGACCAACCUUUCGGAUAAGUUCAACCUGACCUCAGCCUCGCCUACAUGAACAGAUAAGAGAAACCAUUUGGAAAAGUGGACAAAGAUACAUAAGCUGUUAUAUAGCUUUGUUAUUGAGUUUGUUUACUUGUACAAUCUUCAUUUAUAUUCAUUUUUGGGUCUUCAUAAUUGUAAAUACAAAGAAGGUACAUGUUUUCUCUUUUAUUCAUUUUUCAAAUGAGAAAAGGAAGAUACAUAUUUUUGCU